AAAUAAAGUAAUGACUGAAAAGUAGUCGCUAUACUCUCACGUGGACAGUGUGGCAACAAUCCCAACACAGACCUGCUCCAUGCCUACUGACGUCAUCCCUCAGCGACGGCGCAGUUGUCCUGGCGUCACCAGAUUCACGAUGGCGGAGCCAGAAACGAAAAAGGUGAUCAAGUUAGUUCCGGAGUACCUUCUGAAAAAGAGGAAAGCUUACCAGGCCAUCAAAGCCACGCAGGCCAAGCUCGCACUGCUUGACAAGAGAAAGGUAUCAAAAGGCAAACCACUGAAGUUCAAGCGUUUGGAAGACUUUUUGAAAGACAGCCACCGGAAGCAUCGUGAUGAAACUCGCAUCCGCAGAGCUGAGCACAGACCAGCUCCCCCACUGCCUCCUGCUAAGAACAGACUUGGUUUUGCUGUGCGCAUCAGAGAGAUCAAAGGCGUGAGCCCCAAAGUGAUGAAGGUCAUCCAGAUGUUGAGACUGAGGAAGAUCUUCAGCGGGGCCUUUGUGAAAAUCAACAAGACAUCUGUAGCCAUGAUGAAGAUGGUGGAGCCCUAUGUGGCCUGGGGAUUUCCCAAUCUGAAGUCCGUUCGUGAGCUCAUUCUGAAGAGGGGACAGACCAAGGUGGGCAGGCGGCGUGUUCCUCUCACAGACAACACCUUCAUCGAGCAGCAUAUGGGUAAUCACGGCAUAAUCUGCUUGGAGGACCUGAUCCACGAGAUCUACUCAGUUGGUAGGAGCUUCCGGGCUGCCAACAACUUCCUGUUGCCGUUCAAGCUGUCAGUGGCUCGUCACGCUGCUCGGGACAAGGCCGGUCUCAUGAAGGACAUUGGAAACCCUGGAUUCAGGGGCACAGACAUUAACUCCAUCAUCCGACAGCUCAACUGAGGAGCAACACUGGCAACAUGGACUCUCAGCAUCUUUACAGAUGCUUUUUCCUGGACGAGCAAAAGCCAAUAAUGACAGAUAUAUAUAAAUGUAUAAUUUUUGUCACUGUCUUUGGCACAGCAACUCAUGGGUUUUGCCCAGGGUUACACAUUUUCUUUUCAAAUAUAUUUUGUAUGUUCAUUCUUCUCUGGUUUCACAUAGUUACAGCAAGCUGGAAAACAGCAGGGGGACUGAAAACUGUUUUGCUCAUGGAGUCCCUUGUUUUUCUCAUGCUGUUAUGUGCUCAUCGUUUGAAAAGGAGGCCAUGAGGUGCCCUUUACCUCAGACCGUGAUAAAGGCAGUUGUGCUCAUUUGUGAUCAUUUUUCUAACAAUAUUUUGUGGGUAACAAAUUGCCAAAGGAAACCAUGAUCCUGGGUAAUGAUAAGCACCAGAUGCUUAGUUACUACACACUGUUGCUCAGGUUGUAAGAGGAAUUUGCAAGACAGUGAAUGAUUAAUGAGGGUCGGCUUCCACAGGACCUUUCACAUCAUAUAGAUAAACCUGAGCACAUUGGUUCAGUAGAGAUGUCAGUAUCCAAAGGUGAUUUGGGCUGCAUCAAGAAAAAAUCUGCAACACUGAUAAAAGGUGUAUUCAAAGGAUUUGUUUUCCAAUAAAAAGAAACGACUGAUUUGCUGA